AGAUCUAACAUGUCAACCUGUACGCCCUGUGAUUGCUGACGUCAAAUUCCCAUUGAUUCUCAUAUCAGCUUCAUGAGCAAUCCAGUGUAAAAUGGAUAAACUACAUGGACUGUCCGGACAGAACGCCCGUGUUGAUGAAGUCCGAGUGAAAGUGGAAGACAGUCCUCUACGGCAUGAAGACCAGAUGAAAGAAAAUGGUCAGGUACGAAAAAGACGAAUAACCGGGCAAGAAAAUAGUGGAGUUUCUUUCGAGCAAAGAGAACCAGCAACGGCUAGUCACCAAUUCACAUGGGAGAUGAAAAGGGACCUGCAAACGAAUGUAGAUUGGGGGGAUGGAAAAGAAUUCAUCACACUUGUUCAAAAGGGCCUGACAUAUGGUCAGUUGAUCUUCCUCUGUCGCCCCCUGAAUGACCGAGAUAUUCCUUUGUUGCUGAAAGCGACCGGUGCUGGGAAUCUGAGCGUCGUAAAGCUCUUGGUUGAGAGUUUUGGAUCUAUGAGGAAUACUGUUGUCGCCAAUUCAGACUUCGAUCUAUCAAAAGCCCUUAUUCACGCUGUUAGGUGCAAAAAGCAAAGAAAGUCUAAAGGUGUAAUCAGAUAUUUACUGGAAGAAGGGGCGAGGUUAGACAUACGAGAUGAAGAUGACUCAAAUCUACUCCACAUCGCAUGUGCUUACGAAAAUGGGGGAGCUGCGAAUAUUCUCUUGCACGAGUCCUCUAAGCCUCCGCACCAUUUAUGCUUCCUAACGGAUAAGGACAAAAAGAACAGAACUCCACUCAAUUUGGCAAUAGAGAGGAAUCAUGUCGAUAUGGCCAAAUUGAUUAUCCAGGCCGCCACGACACUUCAAGAGCUCAAUGUGUACACGGGCCACGAGGAAAGUGACAACAAUAAGAAUCCGUCGGCUGACGAGCCCGCCCACAACCUGGCGGAUGAUGCCUUGCACCCUGAACCAAGCUUGCAUCUAGCUUGUCAAUAUGGACGAGUUGAAAUCAUUGACAUGAUUCUUCAAGCGGAAAAGAGGCUGACGAAUGUGAACAAAUCCGAGCUGCUAAACCUUUUGGACCGCAAAAAUAGGACACCAUUGCAAUUGGCCAUAGAGAACAAUCAUGCUGAAGUAGCUGUGAGAUGCACUGAAGAGGGUACGUGCAGAGUUUGA